AAUAGCCCGAUAGACGUUAAGCAAGGAACACGACUGGUAAUUAAGUGCUAACUCUAAUUUAUCGAGGGUAGCAACAGUCUCACUAAUCUAUAAGGUGGUCCCUGGCGUUUCAUAUUCAUUCUUCCUGUUUUAGAGAAUAACAGGUAACACAACGAUAUCAUUUGUCAUCAGGCAGUGCCACCCUCAUAAAGCACCGAUCAUACACUUCAAACAUGGGAGAACGAGGACCAGAUCAAUGGUUGGAACAGAUCAGAAAGUGUAUCGCUUUAUCUGAAUCAGAUAUGAAGCAGUUGUGUGAAUUGAUCAAGGAGUUGUUGAUGGAGGAAUCCAACAUUCAACCGGUUCAAUCACCCGUCACUGUUUGUGGUGAUAUACACGGUCAAUUCCAUGACUUGUUAGAGUUAUUUAGAAUCUCGGGUGGAUUACCUUCGGAUGAUAAUGACACUAACUACAUAUUCUUGGGAGAUUACGUUGAUAGAGGAUACUUCUCCUUGGAAACAUUCACAUUAUUAAUGGUCUUGAAGGUCAAAUAUCCUCAUAGAAUCACGUUGGUAAGAGGAAACCACGAAUCAAGACAAAUCACCCAGGUGUACGGUUUCUAUGAAGAAUGUUUAACUAAAUAUGGCUCAACCACAGUAUGGAAGUAUUGUUGUCAAGUCUUUGAUUUCUUGACUUUGGCCGCUAUAAUAGAUGGCAAGAUAUUAUGUGUCCACGGGGGUUUAUCGCCAGAAAUCAGAAUGUUGGAUCAAAUCAGGGUGUUAAGUAGAGCCCAAGAAGUGCCUCACGAAGGUGGAUUCUGUGAUUUAGUGUGGUCAGACCCGGAUAAUGUGGAUACUUGGGCCGUUUCACCUCGUGGUGCUGGUUGGUUGUUUGGUUCCAAAGUUAGUAGAGAGUUCAACCAUAUUAAUAAUUUGAGUUUAAUUGCAAGAGCACAUCAAUUGGUCAUGGAAGGGUUCAGGUAUCAUUUUAAAGAAAAGGAUGUGGUCACUGUGUGGUCUGCCCCAAAUUAUUGUUAUAGAUGUGGGAAUGUCGCUAGUGUCAUGCAAGUGGGAGAAGACUUGGAUCCAAAUUUCAAAAUAUUCAGUGCCGUUCAAGAUGGUGAUUUGGCGGUGAAGAAUAACGCCAACAAACAACAAAGAAGUGAUUAUUUCUUAUAAUUGUAUCUUGUCUUCAGUCAUUUUUGAAUUGUUCACUACCUGCAUUAUAAAGCCCGCCUUUCAACCAUGUCAACCCAUCACUCCUUCAGAAUACAAGUAACCGGAAUUGUCCAGUAUGCCAUGUAAUUAAUAUGUUCAAAGUUCAUUGGCUGCUGGUACAAUUUCCCGUUCAAUUUAUUGACA